AUGCAUCGACAUUCAUUUUUCUUGGACGACGAAGCAUUAAAUUGGUUUGAUCAAGAUGCUAUACAAACCAUCGAAGAUCAAAAAAUUCGGAUAUUGAAUUUUACGGGAGUUAAAGAAUGGAAAGUUUUAAUUCCACUUGAAGAAUUGUUGAAAUCUCGAUCAAAUUUAAAUUUACCAGUUAUAAAUAAUAAUAAUAAAUGGAAAAUUCGCGUUCAGAUCGUACCAAAAAAUCGACCUCACCCACCAUAUCCAUUUAACAUUAUACCUGUUACUGGUAUUCACGUUGGAUUUUCAUUUGGUAAUAAUUCAACUGACAGUAUAAAUCAUAAUCAAGGAUUUCAUCCUAAAUUCAAUACUUCUAUUACUUCAUUAAAACCAUUACCAAUACAAAUAUCACAAGAAAAUUGUCAACUUUAUUUACUUCACACAUUUCCCAAUUCAUUUUAUGUAGAUAUUUAUCAUCUCCAUGAACUUUACCCUGAAAAAUUUAUUAAAGUUUGGGGGGAAAAAGAUUUAGAAAUUCCUGUUGGAUUUUCAUCACCUUCAUCAUCUUCACCUUUAAAAUGGGGAAUUCAUAUGCGUUAUCAUCAAGCGGUUCCUGAAAAUGAUCAAAAAACUCAUAUAACAAUUGAAGCAUCACAACCUAUGGUGCUCACUAUCGCUCAAUAUUACUUAAUAUCGCUUACUAUUAUUGCUGCUGCUACUGCAAACAAUCUUGAGACACGAAAAAUAUUUCGUUUUAUAAUCUAA